GCUCGCGAGGAUGCCCGCUGCAUCUGGGACCGGGCACUGCCGCUGUGGGAGCUGCUCGAUGAGGAGGAGACCAAUGAGACCAAGGCCAUGUUCGGCAUCUCCCUGGUGACAGACACCACCUUGAAACGGUUCGGGGUGCGUUACCUGAGGACUGCGAAGUCCCUUGUCUUCCCCUGGUUCAGCCCCCGCGAUGCAACUCUGAAGGGCCUGAAGCUUGUGAGGGUGGAGAAGAAGGGGGAUGCGAUAGCGUAUGUGGAAGAGACUUUACCUCGCUUUGAUUCCUAUCGCAAUCUCUUUGGGCUGCCCCUAAUCAGCCGCCGAGACACAGAACUGGUCUUAACUGGGUGGGAGCUGGACGCCCUGGCCCUGCACCAAGCUACGGGUGUGGCCAGCCUGGCCCUACCACGGGGAGCCACCUGCCUGCCUCCCGCCCUUCUGCCUUACCUGGAGCAGUUCAAGCGCAUCACGCUGUGGUUGGGCGAGGACCUGCGCUCCUGGGAAGCGGCCAAACUCUUUGCCCGCAAGCUGAGCCUCAAGCGCUGCUCUCUGGUACGUCCUGGCGACCUCCAGCCCCGGCCCUUGGAGGCUCUGAACCAGGGCCUGAACCUCACCAAGAUCUUGCGUGCUGCCCUGCCCGCCAGCCACAAAUCCAUCGUCUCCUUUCGGCAGCUGCGUGAGGAGGUGUUUGGGGAGCUUGUCAACACUGAGCAAGUGGCUGGCAUCAAGUGGGAGCGCUUCCCCGAGCUCAACAAGCUCCUCAAAGGGCACCGCCGAGGGGAGCUCACCAUCUUCACAGGCCCGACAGGCAGCGGGAAGACGACCUUUAUCAGCGAAUAUGCACUGGACCUGUGCAUGCAGGGGGUGUGCACGCUGUGGGGCAGCUUUGAGAUCAAUAAUGUCCGCUUGGCCAAGAUCAUGCUGACGCAGUUUGCCACCCGGCGCCUGGAAGACCAGCUGGAGCUGUACGACGAGUGGGCCGACCGCUUCGAGGACCUCCCGCUCUACUUCAUGACCUUUCAUGGGCAGCAGAACAUCAAGACAGUGAUUGACACCAUGCAGCAUGCCGUCUACAUGUACGACAUCACCCAUGUGGUCGUUGACAACCUCCAGUUCAUGAUGGGACACGAGCACCUCUCUGUGGACAGGCUCGCUGCCCAGGACUACAUUGUAGGUGCCUUCCGGAAGUUUGCCACUGACAACACCUGCCACAUCACGCUGGUCAUCCAUCCCCGCAAGGAGGACGACGAGAAGGAGCUGCAGACGGCCUCCAUCUUCGGCUCUGCCAAGGCCAGCCAGGAGGCCGACAACGUCCUCAUCCUGCAGGACCGCAAGCUGAUGACAGGGCCAGGGAAGCGCUACCUGCAGGUGUCCAAGAACCGCUUUGAUGGGGACGUGGGCAUCUUCCCCCUGGAGUUCAGCAAGGCCUCGCUCACCUUCUCGUCUGCCGGCAGAAGCAAGGUCAAGCUGAAGAAGAUGAAGGAGGAGAAGGCGCUUUUAGCCAAGAAAGUUCCGGAGGGAGGCUCGGGAGCUUCCAAGAAGCCGUGAACCUGGCAGG